AGCUGUGAAUUUUUACAUUUUUCUUGUUUAAUUACUCGAUUCUCGGAAUUCUUUUUGUUUCCUCUUGUCAACUAUAAAAUGAAGAUUGAAAUUACUUCUCCUGGAAAGGCAAUUCUGCACGGCGAACAUGCUGUUGUCUAUGGAAAAGCUGCAAUCGCAGUAAGCUUAAAUUUAAAAACUUCUUUACUAUUAAUGUCACAUGAUGAAGAAAAGGUUGUUAUUGAGCUAAAGAACUUAGCAUUGAAGAAGGAGUUUGAUAUAAAUGAAUUAAAUGCCCUUUCGUGUUCCGAAUCAGUUGGUGAUAUUUUGCCUGCAACUGAUGAGAUGUUUAAGAAAAUAAGUGAAUCAAAUGAACUGAAUCUUUUCCAAGGUGAAACUGAAAGUCAAAAGCUAGCAAUUACAGUAUUUUUGUAUCUUUGGACUGGUAUUUCCAAAAGCUACAAUGCAGGGUCUUUUACACCCUGCAAUAUUACAGUUGAUUCUGAACUUAGUAUUGGCUCUGGUAUGGGAUCCUCUGCUUCAUUUUCAGUCUGUCUCUCAACAGCUGCGUUGGUUCAUUGUGGUCGAAUCACUCCACAUCUUCUCCCUGAGGAUAAGCAGCUUAUUAACAAGUGGGCAUAUGAAGCUGAAAAGAUUUUUCACGGAAAGCCAUCUGGAAUUGAUAAUACUGUUUGCACUUAUGGAGGUGCAGUUCUGUUCGAAAAUGGUGCUGUUGUUGAAAUGCUAGAAUUGUAUGACAUUCCUAUUCUACUUGUGGACACAAAAGUGCCUCGUAACACAAAGGUUUUGGUGACUAAUGUUAAAGCAAAAAAAGAAAAAUAUCCCCAAAUUAUUGUUUCCAUUAUGGAUGCCAUUGAUGCCAUUUCAAAAGAAUGUUGGAGCAUUUUGAAAAAAAAUUCCACAUUAGAAAAAAUGGAAAAACUGCAGGAGCUUAUGAUCAUGAACCAUCACUUGCUGAACUGUAUUGGGGUUGGACACAAAGAUCUGAGCAAAAUUCAUGAUAUUGCAGAGAAACAUUGUUGUGCAUCUAAAUUAACAGGAGCUGGAGGUGGUGGAUGUGCAAUAAUAUUGCUCCCAUUGAAUGAAAAUUUUUCUGUCGAUGUCCUGAAACAAGAACUAUCUCAGGAUUUUAGUGUGUGGGACAUUUGCCUUGGAGGUUCUGGUGUUGAAGUGAAGUUUCACAACUAGAGAACCAUCACUGUAAUUUAUUUUGCUACUUAAUGAAUUUCUUUACUGGGUUAGUUUAGAGAAAAAAACAUUGGUUUAUAGUCUCCGAGGGUCUUUUUUGUAGACUUCAAAUUGUGUAAAACUCACUAUGACUAAAAAAUUUCUUUUUUAAUGUUAUGUGCUACUAUUGAAAGAUCAUACACUAAGAUAAAAGCACUGCAUUUAUGUAUUUUUAUUCAUUCAUUAUGAACAAAACAAAAUGUCAUCCUUCUAUUUAUUGCACUAGUGCAUAGUCAUAAACCAGAGAGCUUCUUCAAAAGUGUUAUUUAUUUUCAUAGUGUUGGUCUAAAUUAAUUUUUCAUGUAUUUAUCAUGCAGUAUUACUUAAAUAUAGUUAUUAUUUUUAUACAUUGUUAUGAGAAAAGUACUAGGCAAGAUUUUGAGAUUAUAAAGAGAGAUAAGAGAUUUUAUGUGACUAGCCUCAUUGCCCGACUUUGUCUGGUCUACCUCAAAAAUAAAAGUUAUUUUAAACGCAUGUUCAACAAUCUGGCAUAAAUGAAAGAAAAAAAACUCCCAUAAUAUCUCUAUUUAAAUUUCGAUAUUAGUCUCUCAAAAUUCCCUGUCAAGAAAGGAAAUUUUGUAAAUAAAGUAAACACUUCUGUUUCCUGUUAGAGUGUGUGGCUGAAUGAGCAAUCUUGAUUGUUGCAUCGAUCCCUACUAAGAAAAAAAAAGAAAAGAAAACUGAGGGCAUGUGAACUGUGAGGGAUCUCUUAUGCUCCUGAAUAAAUAAGAAGAAAUAUAGCUAGAGGGUCAUUAGAGUAAAGGUAACAGUCCCUCAACAGUUACAACAGUCCCUGUAAAUCCUCAGUAGAAUUAGAACAAUUUUUUACCUAUUAGGACCUUUAUUAUUUUUUAUUGAGUGAAAACAACAGUCCUUUAAAAUUCUCAUGAGAGUUUGGACAACAUUUUCUAAAAACGUCCAUUAGAAUGAAGGCAAAAGUUCCCCAAACUCUUCAUAAGAAAAAGAAUAACACUUCCUAAAAUUCCCUAUUUACUUAAUAGGACAUCUGUUUCUGAAAUUGGAAUAAGAGUUACAGUUUUCAAAUAACAUCAGUAAUCUCUUUAAAAAUAUCUGUCUGGUUAGAGAAAAUUGUUCAAAACCCCUCUUUUAGAAUGAGAAAAACAACUCAAAAUAACAUCAGCAUUAUCGCUUUUAAACUCCAUGAGAAUUGGAACAAUUGUUUAAAAAAAAUUCCUGUUUGAAUAAGUUCUCGAAAAGUCCUCAUUACAAUAAAGUCAGUCCUUCAAAACACACAUCAGCAGCAACCAUUCUGAAAACAUGUUAACAUCAAAUCUAAAAGUUCCGAUUAGAUGUAAGUCAACAAUAAUAGUUUCUAUUAAAAGUACAUACUGAAAUCCUUGAUUAUUUUCUGGCAGCAGUACAAAAAAAAAAAAAAAAUAAAUAAAUAAAUAAAUCAUGAAAAAAAACAAUCUAAAGGAGGAAAGUUUUUGAUUCCCCCCAUUACAAAACAAAAAAAAAAGCUUCAAAGCAAAAGGCAAGAACUUUGUUUGUUCAUACUCAAGCAAAAAACGACAACAGAUAUUUUUGAAUAAAAUAUGACAACGUAUAUAAAGUACAAAUUGAGAAUGGAAAAAGGUUAAAAAAAACAGCAAACAGCUGUUUCAGCACUCUAAAAUACAAGUGCCAUCAUCAGUGCAUUAAAAACGAAGACAGGUUCACCCGACUAAAACACAGUCGAGGCGAACAAUGGAAUGAGAGACGAGUUGUAAAAGAUAUGAGAGCAGUACCGGAAACGAUGACGUCAAGGUUACGUCAGAACUCCAGAGGACAGUUGCACUCAGGAGAAAAUGUCACGGACAAAAAAUAAAUCAAAUAACAGACUUCCAAACAUUAGGAAAAGGGGGAGUGCUAGACAAAUCAUUGACGAUUAAAUUAGCAUUUUUCCAUAUGUAAUAUGACUCCCAAAAAUCUAAAUCAUGAAUGGACGAACACUCGUGAAUAACUUUGGCGGAAGAAAAAAUAAAAUUAUGACCGCAGGACCAACAAUGUUGAGCAAUAGAGGAGCGUUUGAGAUCCUGUUUUUUGACGUAAUUUUUGUGUUCUUUUAUCCAGAAUUUGAGGGAUCGUCGAGUCUGCGCAAUGUAGGCCAAUUUGCACUGGCAGGAAACACUGUAAAUGCCCCAUUUGUCAAGGUUGUGAACAGGGUGUUUAAGCUGUUGGGGCCCAUUUGCACUGGCAGGAAACACUGUAAAUGCCCCAUUUGUCAAGGUUGUGAACAGGGUGUUUAAGCUGUUGGGGCCCAUUUGCACUGGCAGGAAACACUGUAAAUGCCCCAUUUGUCAAGGUUGUGAACAGGGUGUUUAAGCUGUGAAAAUUUUAAUUUAUUAACAGGAGAAAAAGUGAUGGAAAAAUGAAACUUUUUUAAGAUUUUGGCAAUUUGUAGACUGAUUUUAGGAAAAAAGGGUAAGACAACGGAACUCGAAUAGUUCACAGGAGCAAGUGUUUGAUUUUUGUUAGUUGAGCUACAUAGCUUCUUAUAAAUGGUAUCAAUAAUAUCUGAUGUGAAUCCCCGAUCCACCGCAAUACUUCGUAGGUAAUUCAGUUCUGAUGAAAGUAAAUUGGAAUUUGAACAAAUGGCUAAAGCACGGUAAAUAAAAGAUCUAAAAGCAGCCAAUUUUUGUUUAGGAGGAU